AAUAACCGCUUAGUGGGUAAAAGAGUUUUUCUGCGUGUCUGUCCGUCAAAUAUAACAACUACAGGGGUUUGGAGUUAUCAGCAGAUUUUGUGUUAUCGUACAAUUUCUACAGCAAAGUGUAAAGACGGAUCAAGGUGUCAAAUUGCCUUUUUUCUGUUGAUACACCACUGACCUAGCUGCGAGGUAACAGAUAUACGACAUUCACAAUGGGGUAAACUAGUGAUUCGGAGAAGAAAAAAAGACUGAGACCCAGGUGUUAAAUCGCUAUGUUCCAUGUCGAUUCAUUCUUCAAUUAUGAAUAGUGUUGUUUUGGAAAAGUUUACUAGCCGGUUGAUCACUUACUAGGAAUCUUUACAAUUUUACUGCAGCGAAACUGGUUGUUUAAUCCCCACACUCAAUUUAUGCCUUUGGAUAGCCACUGUCAUUCUGAAUGUUAAAAGGAUGCGUCGUUUUUCUGUGUGAUUGUAGUCAAUAUAUAAAUUUAGCCAGAAUAACAAUGAUAGGAUAUGCGGGGUGUAAAUUUGUUUCGAACUUUUAGAAAUUUUAGGAAGAAGUUGUGGUCCCACGUACUGUUAAUCGGAUGCUUACUUCUUGGUUUAAGUGUUCUUAGUUUCAAUACUCGAGCCCUUAGACAAAACGGGCUUAGUUCACCAAAAUCUUCGUCAGAGGAGUCUUAUUCCAAGCUUCCAGACUUUGGUCAUCAUAACCGAAACUUGCGGAAUAUCUUGCCAUACGACGGUACACACCGGCGACGAAAUGAUCAACCAACGAGAAAAUCCCUUAACAAAGCUUACAGACUCUCAGAUAAUUGGAACAUGACUUUGACAUCUGAAUCAAGUCAAGCGAAAGUCCUGAUGGAAAGGGGCAGCGAAAAACCGGGAGAAAGUGGGGGUAUGAGAAAGCGACGACUUCCCCAAGCAAUAAUCAUCGGGGCGAAAAAGAGCGGGACCCGUGCCUUGUUGGAAUUUCUACGUGUCCACCCAGACGUUCAGGCUACUGGUCCAGAGCCGCACUUCUUCGAUAAAAAUUAUCACAGAGGGCUGGAGUGGUACAGAAACAUGAUGCCAGAGACGUUGCCACACCAGAUGACGAUCGAGAAAACCCCCAGCUACCUCAUCACGAAGGAGGUGCCAUCCAGGGUUUACAAAAUGUCGAAUCUGACCAAACUAGUCCUCGUGGUGAGGGACCCAGUCACCCGUGCCAUUUCAGACUACACACAGAUUCUUAGCAAACAUGGCGGAAAAGUCAAGUCUUUUCAGAGUUCUGCGUUUCUGAACAACGACACAAAUAAAAUUAAUACGUCAUGGAUUGUGAUAAGAAUUGGUUUAUAUGUCAAGCAUCUAGAGAAUUGGUUAUCUGUAUUUCCUUUGGAACAGAUUCAUUUUGUUCACGGCGAGAACUUAGUGACGAAUCCGGGGGAGGAAAUGAGGAAAGUGCAGGAGUUCCUAGGGUUGCGUCCUCUCUUAACGGAUAAACACUUCUUUAUGAACAAAACCCGAGGGUUUCCGUGUAUCAGAAGAACUAUUAACAGCAAACGAGGCCACUGUCUGGAUGAGAGUAAAGGUCGUAAACAUCCCACAUUACCCGCCAAAGUGAUUUCCUCUCUCAGACGUUUUUAUCGCCCCUAUAACGCCAAAUUUUACAAAAUGACAAAUAUCAAUUUUCACUGGACAUAAAUCUUCGCCAUUACUCUAUAGGCAAUCAGAUUGGCCUUUCUCCCUAUUUAAUGACUGGGUUAUGAUCCCUUUUUGAGAGGUUGCCAGUAGCCUUAAUUAGUGCUGAAAAAUGUUACAUGUAUUUUAUUGUAUAUUUUUAUGUUCAGUGGCAAUUCAAUUAUUUGAUUCGGGAAAUGAAUCGGAUGUCAAGUGAUUUCAUGCAAUACGGGUGGUUUUAUUUUCAAUAUUUUUUAUUAGAAAGUUAUUUAACAUUUAAAUUAUGAGAAAGUAUGUGUUUUUUUCAGUCUGGUGAAGGUAUCGUUUGCAAUCAAAAUUUACAAUACUCAUUUAAAACUGAUGUCGGUAAUUAUACAUGUAAACCUGUCAAAUGUUACUGACCUUGAAAUGUACACAUAUGGAUUUAACUUUUACAAAUUACAAAAAAGUAAAUAUUCAAAGACUUUAAAAUUUAUGAUUAUUUGAGUAAGCGUUCGAAAAUUUUAUCAACUUUAGAUUAAUGCUGUUUUCUGUUUUGCUUGUGCAGCAUACAGGAAGAAUGGAAAGAAUCAAGAAUUGUUAUUGUUC